AUGGUUGGACAAGACAAGGAUAGUUUUGAUGCUAUAUGUGAAGCCAUGAACGGAUCUAGCAAAGUUCUCCCAGGAGAAAUCAUAAUGGCUAUUCUCUUAGCAUUAACUGUGAAGCCACUUUUGCGCUUUAAAAGCGUCUGUCGGUCCUGGCAUGCCUUAAUCCUCUCCCUUCCCUUCAUCAACAUGCAUCACGAUCGAGCCAAGCGCAACAGCUUGAUAUGUUUCUAUAAACAACAUGUAUAUAACAGCAUCUCAGUGUGUGAAGAUGAAACUAUUACCGAUUUACUUUUACCUCCUCCUACUCUUCCUAAAAGAUUUAGACAGAUUGUUGUGGCAGCCGCUUGUCGAGGCAUGGUAUGUUUUUCAUCUGCAUCGUGCUCUAACUCAGCAGUGGUGUGGAACAAUGCUACAAGAGAGUACAGAAUUUUCAAUGGUAUCGGACGAGGAGAUAUAGAUGGGCGCUCUUAUUAUAGUCUAGCUACAGGUUUCACCUUCCUUCCUCUCAUCAACGAUUACAAGUUGGUUAGGGUCAUAAUCUAUGCUAAUCAUACAGCAUAUAUUAAAAUCACUAGGUGGAAUGGUGAUAAUAGUAGUAUCCCCGCAAAGGAAAUGGAGACGGAUUUUCCGUAUAAUAUCGUCCAACAUGGGCAUUGUUUGAAUGCAAAUGACGCUAUUCAUUGGUUAGGACAUGAUAAAGUUGGACCGGUUUUGAGUAUUGUAAUUGCGUUUGAUAUGGUUGAGGAAAAAUUUAGACAGAUAGAAACACCAUUUUAUCAAGAAAAACCAAUUAGACAUUACCACAGGAAGCUUGCACUAUUCAAGGAAAGUACACUUGCCAUUUUUGGUUCUUCAGUUUCUUCCACAGGUUAUCUGUCAUUUCACAUUUGGGCUCUCAAAAACUAUCGACAUGUUUCAGAAUCUUGGGCUAAGCAAUUCACAUUUGAAGCCGCCUCUCUACUAUGUUAUGACCUGCAGCCAAUGGGUUUUUGGCUUAAUGAUGAAGUGGUCUUCUAUAGAAUGGAUGAAACACCAGCAAAAAUGGGAUUGUACGAUAUCCACACCAAUCAAAUUAAAGAUUUUCCUGUCGAUAUUGAUUUUGAUUACUUAUUGUACUACUCGUCAAUCAUCCAGUACAAGGAUAGCCUUGUUCCACUUCCUCACAUGAAGAAGAAUAAGAUGACAAACAAUGUCUGUUGUAAUCAUUGCCCUUUUCAAAAUGAUCAGUUCAACAUCAACUAA